UUCAAAUUACUGAUCUCCUGCUGUACUGAAAAGGGCAGUGUAUACAGGCUUGUUUCAAAUACAAGACCCUACACAAACCAUUUAGGCCAGGGAAAGAAGAAAGGACUAAAGAUGAAUGCCACUGAAUCAUUUCUUACAACAGAAGACUACUAUAACUAUGACGAACUGGCCAAAUUCAUGCUAUGCAAUAAAUCCAGUGUCAUAGAAUUUGCCUCAUGGUUUCUUCCCACACUUUACACCCUGGUCUUUAUUUUUGGACUCAUCGGAAAUGGCUUAGUGGUCUGUGUCCUGAUCCAAUACAAAAAGCUGAGAAGCAUGACUGACGUUUACCUCCUGAACCUAGCUGUCUCGGAUUUGCUCUUUGUCCUCUCUCUUCCUUUUUGGUCUAGCUAUGCUGCAGUUUCUCACUGGGUUUUUGGAGCGCCUCUGUGUAAAAUAAUCAGUGGGUUUUACCUCAUUGGUUUCUAUAGUGGUAUUUUUUUCUUAACAAUUAUGAGCAUUGACAGGUUUCUGGCAAUAGUUUAUGCAGUAACUGCUAUGAGAUUUAGGUCAGUAAGCCAUGGUGUCUUUGUGAGUGUCGCUGUAUGGGCAAUAAGCCUCUGUGCCUCACUCCCUACAAUUGUAUUCAGUCAAGUGAAAAAUGAAUCAGGACUAUCAACAUGCAAUUCUGAGUAUCCGGAAGGCCAGUAUGUGAAAUGGAAACUGAUUAAUAAUUUUGAACUGAACAUAUUAGGCCUUCUUCUUCCAUUUUUCAUUAUGGUGUACUGUUAUUCAAGGAUCAUUCAAACAUUACGAGUGUGUAGGAGUUACAAAAAGGAGAAAGCAGUCAAGCUCAUUUUCAUUGUGGUAAUCGUGUUCUUCCUGUUUUGGACCCCAUACAAUAUUGUUCUUUUUUUGGAGUCGUUACAAAUAUUAGAUUUUUUUAGGGAUUGUGACUCAAGCAAUAAUUUGGAAAUUGCAAUGCAGUGUACAGAAACGUUAGCAUUCGUCCACUGUUGUUUGAAUCCAGUGAUCUAUGCUUUCGCUGGCCAGGAGUUUAAAAAAUGUCUUAGGAAAAUGCUUUAUAAAUGUACAUCAUAUUGUUUUGUUUGUAAACAAUGUAAAAUGCUUAGCUCUGCGAUAUCAGAGCCUUUGAGUUCAACCUAUUCAAGAUCCAGUGGAGAACCUUGUGUCACCAGAGUUCUGUAGAACUGACAUUCUGUAUAGGUAAAGAGCCAAGGCAACUCCCUGUGGAAUCCCCAGCAAAAACAGGCAGCUUUGCACAGCCAGGAUGUCAACCUGCUAUCCUCUGACUGUAUGACUCACCCUGCACACCAAUAUGAUGCUGUCGUAGCCAGGGCACAUAUUGGUUUUGCUGAUUAUUUCUGUGACUGCUCUAGGACUGCAGAAUAUUUGUUUACAGACAUUAGCACAUUUUUUAGCCUGCAAGCAUUUAGGUAUAGCUGGACAAUUUUCUUUUGACCUGAUUGAAGGUAAUAGAGGUGGCGUUCUGGUUUGUGCAGAGUGUCAAAAUAGUAAAAUCAAUCUGAAGUUGCUUUUACAAACCCAGUGAUAGUUUGGGGGAACUAGAAUGCUUUAAAAUAUAUAGAAGAACAUAACAUUUUUGCUUUUCAAUGUGUAAAUCAAUUAUUACAUUCUGUUAGGUAAUUAUAAAAUUAUGCAUGGCUGAUGUAUAGAAAAAAUGCAAAAUAAUUACAUUUCUUUAGGCUAUACAAUAAUUAUUUCAAAGACAUCAUUCUAUCUCUACAGUAUGAGGAGCUAACUGCAAUCUUUUGGUCAUUAGGGGCAAAGCAUGUAAUAUAAUAAUAUUGACUGGUAAUUAAACAAAAAAUCAUUGUAACCAUUGAAUGGCAACCACUGUACAUACUUUGUAAUUUUGUGUAUAUUGUACUCGUUUCCAACAUCAAAUGCAUGAUUAAAAUUGUUUAAAUCGAGGCUUUCUGCUUAAGCUUGAUUUGCCAAUAAAAAUGGAGAGUUACAAAAAAGUUUUUUAUUGGCAAUAUGUAUUCUGAAUCCCUUUUAUUGUCGCGUGUCUAUUUUGGAUAUCGUUUGUAUAUGUUUUGUUAGUAUGUAUUGACCACUAUCCGCAAAAAUACAAAACCGCUUAUCAUCUAUAUCUCUCUCUCUAUAUAUAUACACACACACAUAUAUAUAUAUAUAUACAUACAAUGUGGUUUAUUAGGCAGCUAACGUUAGGUUAUUAUCAUAACCCUGGUUCCCUGAAAUAGAAAUGUAAUCAUUACCUCAUGGGCAUUUAUCCUUUAAUACCGUCUAACCUGAAUAGAUAUAUCAAAGCUGCAUGUAGUGUUUGUGACGUAGUCGUGCUCGCCCCCAAGGCCAUAAACGACCACUGACACAAGUAUCGUCAUCAUUUGUCCUUCAAAACUGCUACAAUCAUGGUCGCAGCGACCUUGAAGGUUAUUGGAUAUAUUUCUAUUUCAGGGAAUCUGGGUUAUGAUAAUAACCUAAUGUUUCCUAUCAAGUACGAAAUGUAACCAUUACCUCAUGGGUAGAAACACCAAAGCUGUUCCAAGGCAAUAGUGCAGAUUGGAAUGCUACAAGGCUUGGCAAAGGCCAUCUUGCGUGUUACUAUGAAGAACCCAUUACAAGUACAUAGGGCUAUGUGACGGGGAGCCCUACCCCUUUGUAUAAAUGUGCACUAUAUUUGUAUUAUUACUAUUAUUUUCAUUAUAAUUAUGGCUGUUUUGUUUUGAUAAUAUAACUCUCUGUAUUGGCUUUAUUGUUGUGAUUUGUUGUUAUUAUUAUGAUCUAUUAUUGUUUGGUUUGCAAAUCGUGUACCAGCUUGUAGGCACUCGUUUGUUAUAGUUUAUUUUCACUUUGCGUUGUUUUGUCCCGCAUGCCCUUUCCUUUUGUAUUUUGAAAGUGUUUUGUUUAUACUUAAUAAAGAUACUGCAUUGCCACCGCAGUUUUGGUUCA